AUGGAGGAGAAGGACGAUGCUGCUAAGGAUGCAUUCUACGCGAGACUCGAGGACACAUACGACCGCUGCCCAAACCACGACGUGAAGAUCAUCCUCGGGGACUUCAACGCAAAGGUUGGGCGCGAACGCAUCUUUGACCGCACCGUCGCUCAAUUCAGCCUCCACGAGACCACCUCGAACAACGGUUUCAGGCUGAUUGACUUCGCCGCGGCGCGAAACAUGGUAGUGAGUAGCACCAGAUUUCGGCACCUCGACAUCCACAAGGCCACAUGGCUGUCCCCUGAUCAGAAAACGCGCAACCAGAUUGAUCAUGUUGUGAUAGACGGAAGGCAUGCCUCAAGCGUGAUGAACGUGCGUACGUUCCGUGGAGUCAACAUAGACUCGGACCACUAUCUUGUCGCAGCCAAGAUACCCAUUCGGCUAUGCCGAGCGAAAAACGUACGCCCCAUCACGCAACGAAAGCUUGACGUCACUAGGCUGCGAUCACAACGGACAGCAACAGCCUACUCCACUCACCUCUCGGAACUGCUCCACCAACCAACCCCUCUUCCUGUUGACGCCGGCGGACUCUGGGCGCACAUAUCCCACUCCAUGCGAGCUGCCGCUGAAACAGCCAUUGGGUUCAGGCGCCCACCCACACGGAACCAAGGAGUGUCGCGUCGCAGCUGCGGCAAAAACGCCGCCUACAGAAGAACGCUGCAGUCUGGCGCAACGCGAGCUACGUGUGAACGUUACAGGGAGAAAAGGAAGGAAGAGAGGCGGCUUUUUAGACGGAAAAAACGGGAGAAAGAAAAGCGAGAGUGCGAGGAACUCGAGGUGUUGCAGGACAGAAAUGAUGCUCGAAAAUUUUACCAACAAGUCAACCGUCUGACACAUGGUUUCAACACCGGAGCAUCUAACUGUCGAGAUGAAAACGGAAAUCUGGUUACAGAUACGCAGUGCACGCUGAGGUUAUGGAGGGCGCAUUUCUCCAAGCUGCUAGCAGGCGAUGACGGCACCAAUCCCGCCAUUGGAGGAAGCAACCCGAUACCACCAAUCGACGACAAUGUGGAUAUACCACUACCUAGCCAUGACGAGGUCCGAGUUGCUAUUAUGCGACUCAAAAACAACAAAGCAGCCGGUGCUGAUGGACUGCCUGCAGAGUUGUUUAAGGCCGGCGGCGAAGAGCUGAUAAGGUGCGGGCAUCAGCUCUUCUGCAGAAUAUGGCUAGAAGAAAGCAUGCCCAACCAUUGGAAUCUCAGCGUCCUUUGUCCUGUGCUGAAGAAAGGCGACCCGACGAUAUGCACCAACUACCGGGGAAUUAGCCUGAUUGCCAUCUCAUAUAAGGUCCUAUCGAGCGUAAUAUGUGAACGACUGAAGCCGUAUACCAGCACACUGAUCGGAUUAUCAGUGCGGCUUCAGACCUGGCAAAUCCACCAUAGACCAGAUCUUCACAUUGCGCCAAAUCCUGGAAAACCCACGAAAAUGGAAUUGACACACACCAUCUCUUUGUCGAUUACAAAGCUGCAUUCGAUAGUCCGACACGAGAACGCCUAUAUGCCACCAUGUCUGAGUUCGGUAUUCCUGCAAAGCUGA